AUGCCUGCACCCUUCCACUAUGCCAUUAUCCUGCCCCGUAAGCAAGUCUUCCUGGAGGUCUUGGAAUCAGUAUCCUUUGAGGACGUGGCCGUGAACUUCACCCAGGCUGAAUGGGCUCUGAUAAAUCCUGAUCAGAGAUGCCUGUACAGAGACGUGAUGCUGGAGACCUGCAGGCACCUGGCCUUCGUGGGAAAAGACAAUGGUACUCUUGGGCAUGUCUUGGAGAAUAAGUUGUUCAGUGAAGACUGCACUGUGGGGUACAUGAGCAAUGAAGAGAAGCAGAUGUACCCUGAUGUCAGUGACCAGCAGCACACGCAGAAGUGGCAACAAAACUCUCCUCCAGGUGACGUCAAGAACGCAUUUAAGUGCCCUGAGUGCCCGCAGAGGUUCCAGUAUCCCUGUAUGCUGCGUGCCUACACUAAAGUGCACUCUGGGGUGAGGCCUUUCGCUUGCGAGCAGUGUGGGAAAAGCUUCAGGAUUCGCUUGAAUCUGGGAAACCACCACCGGACCAACACAGUGGAGAGCCCGUAUGACUGCGAGCAGUGUGGGAAAAGCUUCAGCCGAAUCCACACCGAGGAGAGGCCAUAUGACUGCGAGCAGUGUGGGAAGAGUUUCAAGACUCGCUUCACUGUGCUUCAGCACAAACUGAAACACAUGGGGGAGAGGCCGUAUGACUGCGAGCAGUGUGGGAAAAGGUUCAGUAUUCGUUCUGUCCUGCAUAAGCACAGCCGGAUCCACACUGGGAGAGGCCGUAUGACUUGUGGGAAAGUUUUUCGCAGCCCAGGCACCAACCGGGGCCACCAGGUGACGCACACGAUCCAGAGUCGCUUCCGGUGUCCUAAGUGCAACAAGGGGAAUGCAAUCACUUACUUCAGAGACCACCAGCAGACCCACAAGGAGUCGGUAUCCUUUGAGGAAGUGGCCGUGAACUUCACGCGGGCCGAGUGGGCUUUGCUGGAUCCUGCCCAGAGGCGCCUAUACAGAGACGUGAUGCUGGAGGUCUGCAGGCACCUGGCCUUUGUGGAGGGUUUCGCUCAAGGAAAAUCCCAUAGUGUUUUUGGAGGUGUCUUUGAGAAUAAGUUGUUCAGUGAAAACAGCACCGUGGGGUUCAUAAGCAAUGAUUUCUGCAAUGGUUUUGGAAAGAAGCAGAUGUUUCCUAACACUGGUGACCAGCAGCCAAUGCAGAACCGACGACAGAAGCAAUACCCUCAGCAGGGCAUUGGACUCUGCCUUGGCACCCAGAGUCCAACGCCCCACGAAUGCAAAGUGUGUGGGGAGACCUUCAGUGUCGCCAACCUGCUGACACGACACCUCAGGGAGCACCACAAGGAGACGCCAUGUGAGCUCAGUGGGAAGGGCUUCCGCUUCCCCAUGUACCUGCAGGCUCACACUAAGACGCACACUGACCUCGAGAAGCCCUUUAAGUGCCCUGAAUGCCCUCAGAGGUUCAAAUACCUUUAUAGGCUGCGCAGCCACGCUCUUGUGCACUCAGGGGUCAGGCCUUUUGCCUGCGAGCACUGUGGGAAAAGCUUCAGGACUCGCUGGCAGCUGGGUCAGCACAGCCGGACCCACACCGGGGAGAGGCCAUACAACUGCCCCCAGUGCGGGAAGACAUUCCGAGGGAUCAGCGCAAGGGCCACGCACCUGCGUGCCCACACGGGCGAGCGGCCGUACAGGUGCCCGCAGUGCAGGAAAGGUUUCCGCAGCCCGGACAUCCUCCAGUGCCACAUGGUGUUGCACACGACCCAGGGUCCCUUCCAGUGUCCUGAGUGCGGCAAGGCCUACCGUGACCGCUCCUACUUCUCUGGCCACCUGCAGACACACGAGGUGCCGCAGUCCCUCACCUGCGGGGAGUGUGGCAGAGACUUCAGCCACCCCCACACCCACCGCCGGCACGUCAGGACGCAUCUCAAGGAGCAGCCAUUCCUGUGCCACUGUGGACAGCGGUUUGACCGGCUUAACUCCCUCCAAACACACAUCCGCCAGACCCACGCCCAAGAGAAUCGCUGA